CUGCACUCUUUCGCGGUCAAAGCAAACCCUGUGGGCCGUCUCUUGGAGAUUAUCCGCGAUGCCGGUCUGGGCGCGGAGGUCGCUUCCUUGGGUGAGCUGCGCCAGGCUCUGGCAUGCGGCUUCCCGCCCCACCGCGUGGUGUUUGACUCGCCCAUCAAGACCGUCCAGGAGCUGCGAUUCGCGCUGCAAGCCGGUGUACGGCUGAAUCUGGAUAACAUGCAGGAGGUGGAGCGAGUGGCCGCGCUGCUUCGGGAGCUGCCGCCCGAGCCGGCGGGAGGGCCGGAGCGAAUCAUCGGGCUGCGCAUCAAUCCCCAGGUUGGUGAGGGCCGCAUCGCCGCCCUCUCCACCGCCGGCCGCGUCUCCAAGUUCGGAGUGCCGCUCGGGGAGGCGCGCUCCGAGGUUCUGACUGCGUUCGCACGCCACCCCUGGCUCAACGCACUGCACCUGCAUGUGGGCUCACAGGGUGUACCGCUGGAGUUGACGGUGGAGGGCGUGGCGCGCGUGUGGGAGCUGGCGCAGGAGAUUGAGGCGACUUGCAGCAGCGGCAGCAGCGGCAGUGGUGGCAGCCUCAGCAGCUCUGCCAACAACGCCGAUGGGGCCGGCAGCAGCAGUCUGCAGGAGGACGCUGCUGAUGUCGCAGAUGGGCUGCCCUCCGUCCAAAGCCUCAGCGAGGUAGCUGUGGGACAGCAGCAGCGGCAGCAGCAGCAGCAGCAGCGGCAGCAACCGGGAAGGCGAAGGCUGCUUGCUUUUGAUAUUGGCGGUGGGCUGCCUGUGCAGUACGGCAGCGAUGACCUGGGAUGGCUGCUGGGGGCAGAUGGUGCGGCAAGAGAGGGGCUGGCGACGGUGGUGGCAGAGGCACAGGGAGGACAGAAGCCGGUUUCGGAGGCGGCAUCAGCAGGAGGGACAGGAGCAGCAGCAGUAGCAGCGGCAGCAGGAGAGAUGGAAGCGGGUUGCAGCGUCUUUGAGCGGUACGUAACGCUCCUGCGCCGUCGCCUUCCCGACCUAUUCGCAUCUGGACAAUCCGUCUGCUGUAGAGCUGGGAAUGCCUCGAACGGCGCCGUUGAUGACGGCGAAGCCGACGUGAACACUCCGCCACCACUGCUGCAACCGCCACUCCUACCGCCGCUGCCGCCGCCGCAACUUGUGACGGAGUUUGGUCGCUGUCUGGUGGCUAAGAGCGCCUUCGCAGCAGGCCGAGUGGAGUACGUCAAGGAGUGCGGCGGGCGGCGGGUGGUGGUUUCGGGGCUCGGAGGCGACCUCCUGGUGCGAGCGGUCUACCUGCCGGACACCUGGCCGGUGCGGGUGGAGCUGUGCGGACCCAUGGGUCACUUGAAGCACCCGCAUGCGGACCCUGCGGCUGCUGCUCCAUGCAGCCUGCCGCAACAGCAACAACUGCAGCAGAACCCGCAAGGUGACGCCCACGAACAAGCGGAACGGUCCGCAUUGUCAACACCAUCAUCAACAACCGCAUUGCCUUUGCCAUCGUCAACGGCAGCAGCUACCACAGCAGCAGGGGAAGCGGAUGCGGAUGCGGGUCCCAGCGCCAUGGCUCCCACCGACGUCGUGGGCCCGCUGUGUUUCCAGGGCGACCGGCUGGCUGAGGCGGUGUCGCUGCCGCCUGUGGCUCCAGGUGACUGGGUGGUGGUGCCGGAUGUGGGCGCCUACUGCCUGUCCAUGUACUCCCGGUACAACAGCCGCUGCUCGCCACCCGUCUUGGGCUUCAG